UGUUGCUGACGAGCCGCUGGUGUCAAGCGACGCUACCAGUGACGAACGCGCACAACAGUCCCGUCUUAAUUUAGCAAGGAUUAAUUUAUGAUUCAAUGUAAUUUCAUAUUUAGGCUUCGCGCACAUUUGUGAAUACAUUGUAUGAAGGACUUUUAUUAAUUUAUUAUUAUUUGCGUGCAGAAAAUAAUUUCCCUGGAUUGUUUUCAGUUAUUUGAGAAGUCUACUCUUCGGACAACUAACGUUUUGUCUUGCUACUCAGGCGUAAAUGAAUCUCCUUUUAGCGGAGGAACCCUCAACUAAGGAGAAGUCCGUGGUUGUACUCGCUAAAAGUUUUUAUUGAAAGUUAGAAUUUCAGCAUUUGCAUUUGGGCAUCAGUUGUACGGGACAAGCAUAAGUACAGGUGAAUGAGGCGUGAACCUGACGCUCCCCAGUACCCCGGGUGUGAGCACGGACACCCUUCUCCCUCAUCAGUCUCAAUUAUGGGAUAUUUACACCCCGCCUGGUCCCGGAACCCUGCCAGCCAAGCGGAUAAUGGCUCUCCGCUCUCUCCAGUUACCCCUUAGAGUGUAGGGAGCCGACACACACACACACACACACACACACACCACACCACACCACACCACACCACACCACACCACACCACACCACACCACACACACACACACACACUUCCCUUACAGCUCUGGUUUGUUCCUGGGUGGUGACAUCAUGGCCGUGGGGUUGCCGAUGGGGACUGCGGCAGACUCACUCACACACACUCAAACUUUUCAGAUCUCUCUGACGUCCAGGGGUUUUCACUCUAACCCGUUGUUCUAACACGCUGCUAGAUGAGAUGAGGCAGCCUCAGUCCACUAAACUCCCUGUGUCCUAGUCUAUCUGUACUCUGAUAGACUGACGCCAGACCCGGCUCUACUCACUCGCCCACGUACGGUGCCCCUAGAGCAGUGGUGUUCAACUCUGACCCCUACGAGGUUCGGAGCCUGCUUGUCCUCUGUUCUACCUGAUCAUGAAUUACAGCCGCCUGAUGUCCCAGGUCUAAAUCAGUCCCUGAUUAGAGGGGAAUCACCCACCUGGUGUCCCAGGUCUAAAUCAGUCCCUGAUUAGAGGGGAAUCACCCACCUGGUGUCCCAGGUCUAAAUCAGUCCCUGAUUAGAGGGGAAUCACCCACCUGGUGUCCCAGGUCUAAAUCAGUCCCUGAUUAGAGGGGAAUCACCCACCUGGUGUCCCAGGUCUAAAUCAGUCCCUGAUUAGAGGGGAAUCACCCACCUGGUGUCCCAGGUCUAAAUCAGUCCCUGAUUAGAGGGGAAUCACCCACCUGGUGUCCCAGGUCUAAAUCAGUCCCUGAUUAGAGGGGAAUCACCCACCUGGUGUCCCAGGUCUAAAUCAGUCCCUGAUUAGAGGGGAAUCACCCACCUGGUGUCCCAGGUCUAAAUCAGUCCCUGAUUAGAGGGGAAUCACCCACCUGGUGUCCCAGGUCUAAACCAGUCCCUGAUUAGAGGGGAAUCACCCACCUGGUGAAAAUGAAAAAAAAUCAGUGGAACUGUCUUUGAGGUCCAGAGUUGAAUGUGAGGGCUCUAUAGGGGCCUAUCAACCCAGGAUGCAGGGGGGCUCUGGUCUGGCCCAGCCCCAGCCACGAUGCCCAUCACCAAGGAGAACGCCCUGAGCCACCUCCCCCUGUUGGAGGACUGGCUCCUGGGGGUACAGACCAGGGACCAGGACAACUAUGGAGACCCAGACCAGCAGUCCACCAUCAGCAGAGACCCAGACCAAGACUCUUACCAGGAGUCAGAACACGAGGUGGAUGCCUGCGGCACGGUCAACAGUGACGGCACGGUCAACAGUGACGGCACGGUCAACAGUGACGGCACGGUCAACAGUGACGGCACGGUCAACAGUGACGGCACGGUCAGCGACAGUACCAGCGGAGACAUGUCUCUAUGUCAGGCCUCUAUACAGAAGCUGAUGGAAUACAUUCAGCUCAACUUCACCGAGGACGAAGAGCCCAACGUCGUGGCACGACCCACAAUGCCGGGCGGAGGUGUGGACGCGGAGGUGCGAGCCGUGUGUCUCACCAAGAGGGAGGGGGACGGGGCAGAGCUGGGACUGAGUUUCGGUAACAUCCCGAUAUUCGGGGAUCCGGAGGGGGAGAACAGGAAGAAGGGAGGAGGGAGGAGGAGGAGGAAGGGGGAUCAGGGACCCGUGUUGGACGUGGGGUGUAUCUGGGUGACGGAGGUGAGGAAGAGAAGUCCGGCGGCGAGGUGCGGUAGAAUUAAACUACGAGACGAGUUGCUGUCACUCAACGGUCAGCUGAUGGUGGGCGUCGACGUCACGGGAGCCAGUUACCUGGCUGACCAGUGCUGGAAUGGCGGCUGCAUCUACCUGAUCAUGCUCCGGAGGAUCAAGCGCAAAGCCCCUCUCCCUCCAUGCAAUGGAAACAGCAAAGUUACCAACAGUGGUGGCUCCGCCCACUCCCUGGACGACCUGAGCGGCAUCUCCUCCGAGCCUCCCAGCAGCCUGCUGACGCAGAACGGCGAUGGCAAACGUUUGCGAAAGUUCGGCGUCAUCUCCCGGUCGUCGUUAAAUCGUGAUAGUACGGACGGUAGCUGUGACGAUGGUGGCAGGGAGACACUGGAGAGUGGUUACCACGGCUACAGAGGAUCCACGGUAUCCAUGGAGAUGGAGGUCACGCCUCCUGAGGGGAGACCAGGAAGGAAGGAUGAGGGGCCCAUGACUGUCCUGCCCCCUCUAGCGAUCCCCCGUAACCUGCUGAACAGUGGAGGGACCGCCACCCUGCCGAACCGCUCCCACAGGGGACUGUCAGAACACAAGACAGAGUCAUUCAGCAGUGAUACCUCCUGUCAGCCCAAAGAGGGGAGUCGUAUCUGGAAGAUGCACCUGGUGAAAGGUCAGGAGGGUCUGGGCAUCCAGAUUACGGGAGGACGAGGGUCCAAGCGCUCCCCGCACGGCAUCAUCAUAGCGCACGUAGAGGAGGGAGGCGCCACACAGAGGGUCUGUUCCGGCCGGCUGAAGGCUGGUGAUGAGCUCUUGAUGAUCAACGGUCAGUCUCUGGUUGGUCUGUCUCAUUCGGAGGCCGUGGCCGUCCUCCGCUCCUCCACUGGACUGGUACAACUGGUGGUCGCUAGCAGGGAGGAGUCCCAGGUGGAUUUCCACCGUUACCCAUCUACCAGCCUGCCAGACCUGGUCAGUGACUGUUCCCUCCUCCUCUCCUUCUCCGAGCAACAACAUGGAACCUCGUCACGGCCUGACCUCCAGCAGCCUCUCUCUGACCCGAAGGACGCUUGUAUUUUUGUCGUGAGUGGGUAUCAGAUAUCUUCUCGCCAUGCAGCGCUAAUCCGGGAUUUUUCCUUCUUGCAGCUGACUGAUCUGGAGAAGCUCGAGGACCGAGGACAGAUGGAGGGACCUAAAGGAACCUGCCGUUCUCCUACAUCCAUGAAGUUCAGGACCAGAUCACAAGGGGGCGGUAGUCGUCUGGAGUCUGUUGGAGAGGAUGACGAGCUGAUCGUGGAGAAUGGAGAGGAGGGAAGUGACAUGGUGGAGAAACCGACACGAGGGGGACGCAAACACUCCUUGCCUCAGCAGUUAGACACUGUGGGCGUCCGACAGGAGUAUCAGAUAGUUAAGAAAUCAGCUCGCUCCCUGAGCACCGUUCUGGAGUCUCCAUGGCGACUGGCCCAGCCGUCUAUUAUAUCCAACAUUGUCCUUAUGAAAGGACAGGGCAAGGGACUGGGGUUCAGCAUCGUCGGAGGUCAGGACUCUGCCCGAGGAAGGAUGGGGAUCUUUGUCAAGACUAUCUUCCCUAACGGAGCAGCGGUCGCAGACGGACGACUGAAAGAGGGAGAUGAGAUUCUGGAGGUGAAUGGAGACUCUCUCCAAGGCCUGACCCACCAGCAGGCCAUCCAGACCUUCAAGCAGCUGAAGAAGGGCGUGAUAACCCUGACUGUGAGGACUCGUCUCCGCAGCCCCAGCCUGACUCCGUGCCCUACCCCCACCCUCCUCAGUCGCUCCUCCUCCCUUAACUCCAACGCCAGCGGGGGAACCCCCAUACCCUCCACUUUCGACGAAACCCCCGAAGUCCGCAAGGGACCGCCCAGACCUGGCCCCAAGGACCGCAUCAUUAUGGAGGUUACACUCAGUAAAGAGCCCGGGGUGGGUCUGGGUAUAGGGGCCUGCUGUCUAACUCUAGAGAACAGUGUUCCAGCCAUCUACAUCCACAGUCUGGCCCCCGGCUCUGUCGCCAAGAUGGAUGGACGACUCAGUCGAGGGGACCAGGUGUUGGAGGUGGACUCAGUGAGUCUGCGUCACGUGGCUCUGAGUGAGGCCUACGCCAUCCUGAGUGAGAGUGGACCCGGACCCGUUAGCCUCAUCAUCAGCCGACAUCCCAACGCCAAGGUGUCAGAGCAGGAGAUGGAUGACGUGAUCAGUCAGUCCACACACAGAGACAGUCUGAGCAAGGAAGGAAACGUCUCUCAAACACUAGGCCUGCCCACUAAGAGCCCCUCCUCCACAGUGAAGGCCAAACAAGGAGAUGGCUCCUCCCUCAGCUGGACCAUGAAGAGGUUCCUGGAGCCCGCUAGCAGGCAAGGGUCACUGAGUUCGGAGGCGGAGCUAUCUCAGUACUUCUCCCAGGAAGUGACCAGUCAUUCGUCGCUGUCAGAAACCAUGGCGAUGUGCUCCAGUGAUGACGACAUGCUCAACCACAGGAGCUGCAACACCACCCCCCCUACACAGCCACAUGUGGAAGUUGGGGCCCGCGGUGACCCUGUGGUUAACCGGCCGGCAGAGGCCAACCAGCCCAGUGUGGGUAGUCCCGGUAGUGGCGCAGUCCGCAGCCCGCUGCUCAGACAGAGACGGGUCAUCUGCUAUGAGGAGGAGAUCAGCGAUGAUGAUGAUGAUGAAGACGAUGCAGUGACCCCGCCGGUCCACCGGAUGGCUGGUCAUGGCACGACCCCCGUGGUGCUUGCUGACUCUGGUACUGUGAUCGCUACAUCAUCAGUUGAGGUGGACGAUGAGAGCGAGGGAACGCUCUCCCCGCUCUACGGAAUCUCUCUGGGGUCAGAGGAAGGGGUCGGGGAAGGAGGGUCUAGCCCGACGACAGGCCCUAGUAACCUGGGUGUGAGGAAGGAACUUCAGGGUCCCCUGGAGCCCAAGCGCUCCCCCAAGCUGGAACACAAGGCUGUGACCCGCGUCAAGAGCAUGAUGAGCAUCGAGGCCCCGCCAAUCCAGCCAACUAACCAGCAGAACCAGAGAACCAAAGCAGAGGAGUCUCCGACCUCCCUAUCCUCCCAGUUUCUGGCCCCUCAGCCUGGGGUAGGUUCCAGCUGCUCCUUAGGACGGCCUGGUUCUAACCCCAACCCCCUCUGUAAGAAGGGCGAGGCCUGCAGCGAGCUGGCGGGGGUCUGCACCAUCGACAAGGUGGUCCUGAGGAGGAGUGAGGAGGAGUCCUUCGGUCUGGACCUGGAGAUCAGAUCUUCUCCUCUGAAGGUGGUGAUCACCGGACUGAGGCCUGGAGGAGCGGCCGAGAGGGAAUCCCGGGGCAGGAUGUGUGUGGGAGACGAGAUCAUAUCGAUCGGGGAAACUCCCGUGGGCUCCUCUUCCUACCACGACGUCUGUGAGCUCGUGCACAACCUUCCUGCGACGCUCAGGCUAGAGGUCAAGAGGCCUGUGUCAGCUGUAGAUCGCCUCUCCAGCCUCAUGAUGUCAUCGGGGAGUUGUGAUGUCAUCGAACCCUCCGUACUGGAUCAGUCCAGAACUUCCCAGGAGGCCAAUGGGGGUUAUCCAAAUCCAGGAAUUCCCUCCUCCUCCUCCUCCUCCUCCUCCUCCUCAGCAACAAAUCACAAUUUCAAACCCACAGCCCCAACCAACCACAGCAGUGAAAUACCUGUCACCUACAUCGAUGACGUCAUAACUGAACUAAGUUCCUCCGAUGUUGAGAGUGCGCUCUCGUCCAAAACCCCCAAAGCCCCUUCAGAAGCACAAUGUACUGAGACUACAUCCUGCAAGUCAGCUCUAGACAGCAAGGCCCUGCCAGAGAAAGACAAAAGUAAUGUUCAGACUCCUCCAACACGGCCCAGUCAGUUGGACUUCUCUGUCUUGGACUCUGGAAACAAUGGUCGCCUCUUGCCUGUGGGUAAAACAUUCUUGAACAAUUACUCCAGAAACUUUAACAGUAAUCUCACAGACGAGGGGAAGAAUGCUCUUUCAAACGGGGUGGAGAAACCACCCGGUGCCUCUGCCGCCUCAAAGUGCCACAUGUACAACCUGGUCGAUGACAGCGAUUCAGAGAGUGAAGACACGGUCACCGACAACAGUCAUGGCGCUGCCGGCGAUAACAAACCGGGGAGCCGCGUUGUCGGCGCUGAGUCACAGGACACAGAUUCUGAUGAGGAGGAAGUGGAGAUUUGUUACAGUGAGUCCCAGCGGCCCAGCACUCUGAGCCAGGCAGCGCUGACUCACCCAACAGAUGGGCCAUUGUCUCCCCGGCUCUCUAUCCCUAUCUCUGGCUCUGACGGCAGCCACAAUACAAAGGAGUCUGGGCCCUUUGAUGUAGUACUAGACUCUGCUGCUUCUGUCACUUCUGAUGCUGCUAUGGCGACAGCUACUCACCCUGCUGCUGCCUCUCAGCAAAACAAAGACUGCUCUGUGGUAACAACAACCCAAUCCAACCCUAUCACUUCCCCCUCGCUGUCUAAGAGUCUAUCUGGCUCGCAGUCCUCAGGUGCCUGUUUGACUGCAGAGUCCAAAGCUUCCCCUUGCCAAAUGGUGCACCCCCAGUCUUCCAAGGACACAGAUCCUGUACCCACUCCAGGCCCUGCAAGGUCUUCAGAAUGCUUUGCCAAUGGGGGUAGUGGCAGCAACGUUGCUACACCUGUGAUAAAACACAGCCAGGCAACUUCUGUUGUAGCAGCUACCCAAAGCCUCACCCUACGGAGUCAGGAAAGGACAGCCAGGCCGACAUCAGGUAAACUAUCUAAUAGUACAUCAUUAUCAUCAUCAGCAGCAGCAGUAGCAGCAUCCCAUUCAACGGCGGCGAAGGCAAUGCCCUCCAACUAUAGUAGAUCUGGCUCAUCGAGACCAUCUAUAACAAUGACAAGAGACAAGGAGGGAGAGAAAGUUUCCCUGGAACCCAGGUUGGUCCAGAAUAACCCUACUAGUCUUCCGAUGUCCAAACUGAAGGGGCUCAGCAUUAAGAGUAAGAACAAAACCCAGCAGCAGCUUUCCCCGAAACCAGCCAGCACCGAAAGUCCGGCAGUCCUCUGGAAAGCAAGCAAAACUUCCCCGCUCCAGUCCCCCAAACUGCAAGCUAAGAAGGUAGACUCUCCUCUGCUUACCAGAAAGGCAGCAGGCUCAUCUAGCAGCUUAAAGACUGGCAAACAGUUGGAUCUGAGCAGAAUCAGUAGCAGGAGCCUCACCUCGCCCAAAGCAGCUGACCGAACACAGGACAAGUGCAACCCCAAGUCCAAUUCCACAACCACUACCACGUUGGAGGCAGCACAGUCAGCUAAGUUGGAGCUUCACCCUAACAAAGAGGAGCAAGUGACAUCAGCUACUGCUACGUCCAAGGAACAACCGGAAUCAGUCCCAACUACCCAGAGGUCUUUCAUUGAGGUGCGACUCUCAUCUUCCUCUUCUACUCUUCCUUCCUCCUCAUCGUCUACGCCAGUUCUGAUGCGAAAGGAAACUGUGAAUUCAAAGAAUUACUCAAUUACUCAAACGACUCAUAUACCAGAUAUUACAUCACACGUCAAUGGAGGUGCAGUAGAGACCAAUCUCAGGCCUGCUGCCCCUGACUCUGUGUGUAAUCCAGAAAACGUCACUACAAAUGAUUCAGCAGUGAACUCAAUAGGCCUAGAAUCCGUAGAUGUGGUUCCUUUGCCUAUAAACAAUGGUAUCAUAAACAUCUCUCUUAGAAACUCCUGUCUAACAGAUAUGGCUGUGGAAAACCUGAAAGCUAACAAGUCCAAACUGAAGAUGAUGGAGCGCCGUAGUUUUUCCACGGACAACAGCACCCCCGGGGAUCCCAACCCCUUCUCUGUCCGCCAGAGGAUCAAGUCCUUCGAGAACCUGGCCAGCUUCGAUAAGCCAGCGCUCAAAUGUAUCGAGAUCCAGUCCUUCGCUCAGUCCUAUGCUCUGACGGCAACGUUGAAGCCUCCUCUUAACCGAAGACUGUCUGGCUACAUGUCCGGCUCGGUGAACUCCAUAGACUGCCGCUCGCUACGAAGAAGCUUCAGCUCAUGCGUCGACAACUUUAACGUCUCAACCCCCUUGACCCCUUUGUCGCCUCAGCUUCGCAAGUCGCCGUCAAGUCUGACUCUCCCGAACCUUGACAUUUUGACACAAAUCUGCAGCACAAACGAAGCUCCACUUGGACAAACACGGGACGAACUUGGGGACGGUGAAAUCUCCAAAAUGUUGCCCCCCGGGGGUGUGACCCUAACUCCUCAAACGCCCCCGGUGAUGCGGCGCCGCCAGGCUCGGGGCCACGCUAACCUGUCCCGAUCCAGAUUGAGGGAGCUCAGGGCCCUUAGCAUGCCCGACCUGGAAAAGCUGUACACCGAUGACUUCUCCAGCAACCCAGGGACCAACGGCACAUUUAAGACGGAGCUGGAGAUCCACCCAGCCAGGUUCACAGAGGCCCUCCAGAACCAGACAGGGUGCUGUCAACUGCCUGCUGAACCCACAGGUGUGCCCCCGACCAGGGUCAGUCGGAGCGACGGUGGGGCCAGCCAGGACGCCAUUCAGGGGGAAACCAACGGUCAAACAGAUCUCAGCAGCUGGUCCAUCAGUUUGACAGUCCUGGUUGGCUCUGCGGUGGAGCAGAGUAAGCUGCAGACGGUCCUGGCCUCGCUGACCUCCAAGACCCAUGUGUUGGCCCUGCUACAGGAGGCCAAAGCUCUCUCUCAGGUUAAAGAUGAUACCCACUUUGUAGUCUUCUCCAAAGAAGAGGGUUCGGGACUUGGUUUCAGCAUCGCUGGAGGAGUGGACCUUGAGCAGAAGUCUAUAUCUGUCCAUCGUGUCUUCUCCAAAGGGGUAGCCGGCCUGGAAGGUACCAUUCAGCAGGGGGACAGCGUCCUGUCCAUCAACGGCAGCAGCUUGGAGGGGACGUCCCACGGAGAAGCCCUGUCCUAUCUCCACCAGGCUAGACUGUCCUCUCAGGCCCUGGUGGUCCUUCGCAGGGGGAAGGACAGUGAAGGACGCAUGUCCCCAAGACACCAUGACCUGUACCACCGCACAGGGCGAGGCUACUCCCCAGGGUGCAGAGACAACGGGCCUGAGACAGCUAGACCAGUAGUGGUGGAAAUGGGUCCUGACGGGGCUCUGAGGAUACAGCUCCUGAAGACAUCAGCUGGUCUGGGCUUCAGUCUGGAGGGGGGCAAAGCCUCUGCGCAUGGAGACCGCCCCCUCAACGUCAAACGAGUCUUCAAAGGUGGUGCUGCAGAGCUGUCGCGGGUGGUGGACGUGGGGGAUGAGGUACUGGAGGUGAACGGGAGCUCGCUGCAGGGCCUCAUGCAUUACGACGCCUGGAACAUUAUCAAGACUGUCAGCAAAGGCCCUGUGCAGCUUGUCAUCAGGAAACCACAGACUUCUGUAUGACUCAACAGACCUAACUACAAUGGAGAAUUUUUUUACAUAUUCGAACGAGGCAGACAGACAUGUUGGGCUAACAUAGCAGGGUUAUUCUCCCGCCCCCCCUGGUCCGGGAUAGAUCUAUGUCAUACAGUGUGCCAAAACCAGAUCAUGGAACGUCAGAAGCGUCUUGGACAAGAGAGACUUUCACUUGUUUUACUGAUUUACUUUUUUUAUUUACUUUUCUAUGACGUCUCCUUGUGAUGAUGUUUUUAAUAUGACUGACCUACUCAGGCGGUGGUGCUGUACUGUACUGUGCAGAAUUACAGUGCAUUCAGAAAGUAUUCAGACACCUAGAUUUUUUUUACACAUUUUGUUAUGUUACAACCUUGUUCUAAAAUGGAUUAAAUACAUUUUUAAAAUUCUCAGAAAUCUACACACAAUAUCCCAUAAUAACAAAGUGAAAACAGGUUUUGUGAUUUCAGGAAGAAAAAUAUUUUUAAAAAUACCUUAUUUCCAUAAGUCAGACAUCAGACUCUUUGCUAUGAGACACGAAAUUGAGAUCAGGUGCAUCCUGUUUCCAUUGAUCAUCUUUGAGAUGUUUCUACAACUUAGAGUCCACCUGUGGUAAAUUCUAUUAAUUUGACAUGAUUUGGAAAGGCACACACCUGUCUAUAUAAGGUCCCACAGUUGACAGUGCAUGUCAGAGCAAAAACCAAGCCAGGAGACAGGAUUGUGUCAAGGCACAGAUUUGGGGGAGGGUACCAAAAAAUGUCUGCAGCCUUGAAGGUCCCCAAGAACACAGUGGCCUCCAUCAUUCUGAAAUGAAAGAAGUUUGGAACCACCAAGACUCUUCCUAGAAAUGGCCACCCGGCCAAACUGAGCGAUAGGGGAGAAGGGUCUUGUUCAGGGAGGUGACCAAGAACCCGAUGGUCACCAACCAGAUUCUCUGUUCUCGUGAAACCAAGUUUGAACUCUUUGGCCUGAAUGCCAAGCGCCACGUCUGGAGGAAACCUGGCACCAUCUCUACGGUGAAGCAUGGUGGUGGCAGCAUCAUGCUGUGGGGAUGUUUUUCAGCGGCAGGGACUGGGAGACUAGUCAGGAUCAAAGGAAAGAUGAACAGAGCAAAGUACAGAGAGACCCUUGAUGAAAACCUGCUCCAGAGCACUCAGGACCUCAGACUGGGGUGAAGGUUCACCUUCCAACAGGACAACGACCCUAAGCGCACAGCCAAGACAACGCAGGAGUGGCUUCGGGACAAGUCUCUGAAAUGUCCUCGAGUGGCCCAGCCAGAGCCCGGACUUGAAACCAAUCGGAAAUCUCUGGAGAGACCUGAUAAUAUCUGUUCAGCAACACUCCCCAUCCAACCUGACAGAGUGUAACGGAUGUGAAACGGCUAGCUUAGUUAGUGGUGCGCGCUAAAUAGCGUUUCAAUCGGUUACGUCACUUGCUCUGAGACCUUGAAGUAGUAGUUCCCCUUGCACUGCAAGGGCCGCGGCUUUUGUGGAGCGAUGGGUAACGAUGCUUCGAGGGUGACUGUUGUCGAUGUGUGCAGAGGGUCCCUGGUUCGCGCCCGGGUAUGGGCGAGGGGACGGUUUAAAAUUAUACUGUUACAAGAGCUUGAGAGGAUCUGCAGAGAAGAAUGGGAGAAAUUCCCCAAAUAUAGGUGUUCCAAGCUUGUAGCAUCAUACUCAAGAAGACCCAAGGUUGUAAUCGGUGCCAAAGGUGCUUCAACAAAGUACUGAGUAAAGAGUCUGAAUAUUUAUGUAAAUGUUAUAGAUUUUUUUAUUUAAAAAACUUGCUAAAAUUUCUAAAAAAAUGUUUUUGCUUUGUCUUCGUGGGUAUUGUGUGUAGAUUGAUGAGGGGAAAAAACGAUUUUGAUCGAUUUUAGAAUAAGGUUGUAACCUAACAAAAUGUGGAAAAAGUCAAGGGGUCUGAAUACUUUCUGAAGGCAUUGUACAUCCGUUAUCAAUAUACAGUAAAUAGUAUAGUUUAGUAUUGUAUAGUAUAGUUUAGUAUUGUAUAGAGGUUGUAUAGUAUAUUGUAUAGUUUAGUAUACCUACUGUUCAUAGUUUUACUCUGGAUUUUAGAAGAGGACAAACAUGCAGUUUUACACCUCUUGUUCAUAUAGAAUCAUAUCAAACGUGCAAAAAAGAAACAAUAAUCAAAGGAAUGUUGUUUCGUUUUGCUGUUAGCAUCAAUGCUAACUGGCAAGGUACUGCUAAUCAACUGUCACUGUUGUACAAUAAGACUUGUAAUACUGCCCUCCAAAGGCAAAACGCAGUAACUACAUUUAUUUUGUCACUGCAAAAUCUGACUUCAGUUCUUUUUCUGUCUAGACAG